AUGGAGGGUUUAACUAAAGUUUCUAUGACAGUUUGUCCUUUCAUUAAAUCAACUUCAACUCAAACGUUGCGUCAAUUGAGUCAAUCAUCUGGUGGGUUAGUUUCUCAAGCUCGUCAAUGUCCUUAUAUGUCUAUGGCAUUAAAAGCUAAAGAACAACAGCAUUGUCAUCACGAAAGAAAUUAUUCAUCUGCAACUAAACCUGUUAGAGCUACUUCUUCAACAGCUACUUCAUCGAGUAAAAAUAAUAUUUUUUCAUACCAUUUUAAAGAUUCAAAUUUAAUUGAUUCAAAAAUUAAUUUAGGUUCUAAUGAAGAAAGUUUUGAUUUUCAAGGUUUUUUAAAUGAUGAUUUAAAUAAAAAAAGAAGUGACAAGUCUUAUCGUUAUUUUAAUAAUAUUAAUCGUUUAGCGAAUGAAUUUCCAAAAGCUCAUCGUGAAAAUGAACAUGAUAAAGUUACUGUUUGGUGUUCAAAUGAUUAUUUAGGCAUGGGUAAAAAUCAAGUUACUUUAAAUGAAAUGAAGCGUGUAUUGGAAAAAUAUGGUUCAGGUGCUGGUGGUACAAGAAAUAUUGCGGGGCAUAAUUCUCAUGCUAUAAAAUUAGAAUCUGAAUUGGCUACUUUACACAAGCAUGAAGCUGCUUUAGUAUUUUCUUCAUGUUUUGUUGCUAAUGAUGCUGUUCUAUCAUUAUUUGGUCAAAAAAUUAAAGAUUUAGUUAUAUUUUCUGAUGAAUUAAAUCAUGCUUCAAUGAUUCAAGGUAUUAGAAAUUCAAGAGCUAAAAAGCAUAUUUUUAAACAUAAUGAUUUACAAGAUUUGGAAUCAAAAUUAGCUCAAUAUCCUAAAUCAGUACCAAAAUUAAUUGCAUUUGAAUCAGUUUAUUCAAUGUGUGGUUCUAUUGCUCCUAUUGAAGCUAUAUGUGAUUUAGCUGAAAAAUAUGGUGCACUAACAUUUUUAGAUGAAGUUCAUGCUGUUGGAAUGUAUGGUCCUCAUGGUGCAGGAGUUGCUGAACAUUUAAAUUUUGAUGCUCAUUUGAAAUCAGGUGUAAAUCAACCAAAUAUAAAAACUGUCAUGAAUCGUGUUGAUAUGAUUACCGGUACUUUAGGUAAAGCUUAUGGUUGUGUUGGUGGUUAUAUUACAGGUAAAGCAAAUUUGAUUGAUUGGUUUAGAUCUUAUGCUCCAGGGUUUAUAUUCACUACUACUUUACCACCUGCCAUUAUGGCUGGUGCAAGUGCUUCAAUACGUUAUCAAAGAGCUACUUUAAGUGAUAGAAUUGCACAACAAAAGAAUACAAGAUAUGUUAAAGAUAGUAUGAAUUCAUUGGGUUUACCAGUUAUUCCAAAUCCUUCUCAUAUUGUCCCUGUAUUAGUUGGUAAUGCUGCAGACGCUAAAAAAGCUUCUGAUUUAUUAUUAGAUAAACAUAAUAUUUAUGUACAAGCUAUUAAUUUUCCAACAGUUCCAAUUGGAGAAGAAAGAUUAAGAAUCACUCCAACUCCAGGUCAUGGUGAAAAGGUAUCAAAUCAUUUAAUUGAAGCUGUUGAUUCUGUAUUCACCGAAUUGAAUUUGAAAAGAAUCAAUGAUUGGUCAAAAGUUGGUGGAUUAUGUGGAGUAGGUGAUGCAACAGUUUCAACAGUUGAACAUAUUUGGACUGAUAAACAAUUAGCUUUAGUCGAUGAUGACUUGCAUUUGAAUGUUUUGGACCCAAUCAUUAACCCUAUUGGUGUUUCAUCUGGUGUUCCAGCGUAA